GGGUUCUGUGAAAAUAAAUAUGAGAGCUUUCACAAAUAUAUUGAAGGUCUUGGUUAUAGUUUUUUGGUUGGUGAGCAUUACAACAGACAAGUUCAUAGAACCUGUGCAGGGUCAACAUGGUGAUGGCUUCCUCGGGAAGAAGACCGUGCGUGUUCAGAAUGAUUUAGGCAAUGGUGUUACUCUCUUUGUCCAAUGUCGUUCGAAGGAUGAUGAUCUUGGCCCGCAUUAUCUUUCCAAUGGACAAUACCAAGAAUGGUCGUUCAUUAACAGUGUCUUUGGCGUUACUCUUUUUUGGUGCAACAUUGGAUGGAACGAUGUGAAAAAGAGUUUUAUAGUUUAUAAUGUUGAUAGGGAUGGUCAUGUAUGUGGAUCGCGAUGCUGGCGAAGUAUUAAAUCAGAUGGAGCCUAUUUUUACCAUCAGUAUGAGAGAGGCCAGUGGGUGAUGGAAAUCAAAUGGUAAAGCUCUAAGCAUUUAUUAGUUUUCCAGUCGAGGGGGAAAAUAAUAACAAAUGCUAAUAGCAUUUUCCUGUUAAAUAAAUGUAGUAUUUAUCAAUUUUCUAAUAAAAUG